AUGUCAGCAUCGUUGUCAAUAUCGUCGAUUUCAUCGAAAAAUGACAAUUCAUUUUGUCGGAUUUGUUACUCAUUCUCAUCAUACGAUCUGAUACGAGUGCCAUGCAACUGCAAAAAUUCAAUUGGAUAUGUGCACAGGAAUUGUUUGAGACGAUGGAUUCGAGCUAUAAACAAUAGCUUUUGUGAGAUAUGUCAGACGGAAUAUACAAGAAAUAUUGUUUUUCCACAACGUCGUUCAUUACAGGACAUGCUUCUUACAUUCAUCGAUGAACCACUCACGGCCAUUUUAAGAUUUGCAACAAAUUUAUUGUGUGUAACUGGAAUCGGAUAUUUCAUUGUCCGGAAGCUGUUCAUCAUUUACGAGCCAUUUGAGAAUGAAAUGGUCGAUGCAGGCGACAUUACAAUAAACAGCUUUCAAAGAGAAUACCAAUUUUUGAGCAUAGCUGUCCUUAUAACAGGAUUUCUAUCCUACAUUCAUUUGGCAAAAUUAACAGUGGUGAGCUUCCGGGAGCUUUUAUCAACUUUACAUAAUUGGUGGGAUCGAGGUCGAUUCACAUUUUCGCUAUCAAAUGCGUACGUUGACGACAAUAAUAAUAAUGAUGAUGAUGUCGAUUAA